AACGUUAGCAAUCUAAAUUACAUUUUAAACACAUUUGGAACAGGUGAUUUCCCUAUGCUGGAAAAGAGGAGCAUCUAGAAAAAUCUCACUAUAGCCGGAGUACGGCGAUGCGACUGAGCUUCUCUCUCUCUCUCCCAGAGAAAAUGUUGAAUCAGAGAUCCUAUGAUUUUUCGUGUGAGGAGGUUUGGUGGCUAGUCGGUUUAAUUAGAGAUUCACAAGGGUAGGUUGAAGAUUACUCGUUUUUGUUUUUCUAUUACCUUCAGAUUGGCUACUGAAAAAAAAUUGGGAAGGAAAGAAAUCUAAUUUGAGCUUUAGAUUUAUCAUUGUUUGGGGACGCAUGUCCAAUUGGAAAUUCGCCUUGAAUGACAAUGCUGUGUAACUUAGGGGAAUCUAUGCAGAGUUGCAUAUGCAGUUUUAAGUUCCUCAAGUUCGGAGUAAAUGGUACAUUUUGGUGCUUUUCAAUCUGAAUAUGUAUGAAGUUUUUAUUUGUUUGAAGAGCUUAUGAAAGGGAGGAAGGAAAGAGAGGAUGUAUGGAAGAAUAGGUCUUGAAAGAUUUAAGAAAGCGCAGUCAUUGGAGCCAUUCUCUGUUAAUUUGAACUCGUCAUCAAAAGUUGCAUCUCUUGACCCUCAGACUUCCAAUCUACAAAUCCAAUCCCCGCAUCAGCAUCAUGUCCUACGAAAUUCUGUGGGACAAGAAGUUGCACCUCCAGUGGGGUUGGGUCCACAGGUAACUCAGGUAGGAGGGGGUCAGUCUACUUGGCGGCCUCCUGAUUGGGCAAUAGAGCCUCGGCUUGCUGUUUAUUAUCUUGAGGUGUUGAAGGAUGGGGAAAUCCUUGGUAGGAUUAAUCUGGACAAGCGAAGACAUGUUUUUGGAAGGCAGUUUUCGACGUGUGACUUUGUGCUUGAUCAUCAAUCCAUUUCACGCCAGCAUGCUGCGGUUGUUCCUCACAAGAAUGGAAGCAUAUAUGUGAUUGAUUUGGGGUCUGUUCAUGGCACGUUUGUGGCAAAUGAACGUCUUGCUAGAGACAAUCCAGUUGAGCUUGAAGUUGGACAAUCUUUGAGGUUUGCAGCAUCGACAAGGAGUUAUAUACUGAGAAAGAAUAUUGAAGCUCUUUUCCCUCAUGGUCGAACAUCGACAGUAAUGAAUUUACCUCCUCAUCUGGAUCCUUCUGAUGAAGAUGGUGUUUUGGCAUAUAACACAUUGCUCAAUCGAUACGGUAUGAGCAAAUCAGAAUCACUGUCUAAAUCUUUCAAUGAAUUAGAAAGCUCAGUAGAUGGGAGUAAUAUUGACAGCCGCCGGUCAGAGAGUGCUGCCAAGAGAAUCAGGAAAACAAGGGUUGCUUUCAGAGAUCAAGUUGGGGGAGAUUUGUCUGAAGUGGUUGGCAUUUCAGAUGGUGUAGAUGUGGAAACUGAACCUGGUCCGGUUGGUGUGAAAGAAGGCAGCCUUGUCGGGAAGUAUGAAUCCCUUGUGCAGAUCACUGUUAUCCCGAAGGGGAAGGAACAAAGCUCCUCAAAAGAGGACAGUGUUGCCCAGAAAGGUGUUACCGACAAAUUAAAAGAAGUCUUGAACAAAGUCAAAUCUGUUUCUAAAAGUAAUGAUCCUAAUGGAAUUUAUGAUGACCUAUAUGGGGAAGCAUUUUUGGGCAAAGUGGGUUCUUCCUGGGCUUUUUCUUCUGCUGGUUCUGGCGAUGGGGAAACUGCUCAGAAAAAAGAUACUGAAGGAGACCUGCCUUAUGACAUAACCGGAAAGCCUGAUCCUAACAAUGAAGGUAAUGAUGACAAGGAUGACCUAUUUGGUGUCUAAUAUUCGUUUUCAGAAGGCUCAUCUUUUUUGCGCACCCGGUCACAGAUACUAAUGAAAACCAACUAUUUUUAGGCAUAUAUUCUUCAGAUGGAAUCUUUUUUGCUGCUAGCUGAUGGUUAGACCACAUUUGCCAUGAAGAGAAAGGGCAACUUGCAGAAGGAUGCAUCUUUUGUUAGAUUGUAAAAUUCUUCUUGAAUUUCUUUGCUUUUGAUGCAUAGAUGCGCUAUGGUGCACACAACCUUGUUGGCCUUUACCCAAUGUAUGUGUUUCAGGAAGGAAGAAGCAGAAGUAACUGAACUGGCUCCUAUUAUUGCCAUUGUAUAUCAAUAUCUAAUGCUCAAAAUCUUUUGCCUGAA